GCCGUCCCUGCCGCGAUCGUCGUUAGCGUCACCUCCGACCCCAGACGUCCGGGCCCGGGCCCUCAACUUCGCGAUCAGCGCGACGCGCAGCCGCCUCGAGGCCACCACUCCUCCUUUUCUCUCCCUCUUUGGUGUCACGAUGCCCUCAUAUCCGCAGUUCAAUCCUUUGCGGCUACGUUCGUAUAUCUUCCGCCUGCCGCUGUGCACGAGGUUGCUGGUUGCGGCGAUUAUCGGGUUAUGGGUCGCUACGAUUCCGUUUCCGUGGUUGAGGGAGGUUGCGGCGCUGACGCCGGAUAAGAUGGAUUUGACGCAGAUGCACCGUCUCAACCUCUUCCCCGUAAUGCAUCUCAACUUUCUGCAUAUGCUGUUCGACGUCUUCGCCCUGACGCCGCUCCUCGAGCGCUUUGAAGCCGAGUUUGGGACCAUAGUCACGCUGUCGCUGUUCACCGGACCUUUCGGUCUGUUACCAGGCGGCUUGUACCUCCUGCUAGAGAAGGUCGUGCUGAGGAGUAAUACCACGGUUAUGGGCUCGAGUGUAUGGGUGUUCCUGCUGCUCUCAGCGGAAGCCAUGAAGACCCAUAAAACAAACCCCAACUUUAGCAUCGGCCCCUACAAAAUCCCGACCUGGUGCACCCCGCUCCUCCUCAUUCUCCUAACCUCGUUCCUAAUCCCACGCGUCUCUCUGAUUGGGCACCUCUGCGGCGCCGCAAUCGGCUACCUCUGGGCAACUGGCUGGAUGAAAUUCCUCGUCCCGCACGAGAAGAUAUUGCGCUGGUUGGAGACCAAGCUAAAUCUACUCGGGAGAUUGCCGCAUUAUGUGAGCGUGGAUCAGAAGACGUAUGGGCGGUAUGGCGUGUUACCUAGUGCGGUGCCGCUGGGAACUAUGCCGAGGAGUCCUGAAGGCGGUCAAAGACUGGGGCCGUAGUGUUGUGGAGGACGGGCAUUUUGGACAGGAGUUUAGAUGAAUUUGAGUAGUCCGUUCGCGCGCAUCGUUGGUUUAAGAUUUUGGCACGGCGUCUUGGAGUGUUGCAUAGGGGUGAAGUGCAAAAGUCUUUUGAGCGGAUUAUGUAUGAAUAUUGUAGACAAGUUGUAUCAAAUUUCUGGAAGCUGAA